AUGUCUCAUACUAAUGCUUCGAGUAGGCUCGCUCAGUCUUCGAGAGAGGGCCUCCAACCGUCGAGUCCAGAUCCUUCUCAGACCGCCGCAGCUCCCGAGUUUGGUCAACUCAUCCGACUUCUAGAAGACAAGCUGGCCCAAGGCAGUGAUGCCGACAUUUCCCUUUCGAUGGACGACACGCAUGAGCUGGUACGCGCUCUGCGGUUCUCGAAGGAUGCCAACGAUCGUCUUCAAGUAGUCGAGCAGGAGCUUGUCGAGGCGAAGCAGAGAGCUGGAGAGUCUCCGUUCUUGGGGAAGUUCGGAGAUUACGCUCGUCACGUUUGGAACGACAUACACUCGGCUAGUGAUGAUGGAGAGCUGCCCAAGAAGGUCACAGAUGCCGCGACGCUCAUCGAGGACCCGACUGGCAAAAAGGGGACAAUCUUCCGCAAGCGUGCCGAAACGUUGCGCCAACCCUUGUCAGAACAGGCUGCUCGAUGUGCUGCCUUCGCCUACUCUGUCCGGUGUCAGCUUUUUCAUUCCGAGGAGGUGUAUAACGCAACCAAGGAGACCAUCGGUCCUCGGGCCGAUGCCGACUUGGAAACGUUGGCCACCGACCUCCCUAACAGCCGUUCGGACCAACUUGGGUACUGGCAAGAGAUCAUCAACUACGUCAAGUGUACUCGGGGCCCUCAGGGAAGCAAGAGUGGGAAGACUAGCUCGGAUAAGGUCAGUAUUCCUCGCCUGUCUGGGCUCACGUCAAUUCAGUCUGCCCAACUCCUUGCAAUCCUUGCAGCGGAUGGCACCCUUCCUCGAUCGGCGACACCUUUCCUCCUCGAGCAUGGCGUUUUCGGUGCCUCGCCUGUGGUUCCCUUAGUCUCUAGGUCAAAUCGCGGCCAGUCCGCUCCCCCCUUGGCAAUACGGAAACGCAAGGAGAUUGCCGGUGAAGACGUCCCUUUGUAUGAACCGUUUGCCAAGCGACAAGAGCUCGGGUUACCACCAGGAGAGAAGGCCAACGAUAACGACAUGAAAGCGAGUGAGAGGCAGAAUAUCGAUACAGCUCACAUGCUGCUGUAG